GAGAAGUUCACCGGUCGGGGGGAGGGGCACAGCGGCGGCUGCGUCCAGAGGAGCGGCGCCCGACUGACUGACCGACGGCCUGACCGACAUCCCGGCUUCUCCUCGCCUCCGCUCUCGGACUGCCGGUCCGGCAAGUUCUCCUUGGCGGACUCGGAGCCGGCAGCGAAGCGGUAAGAGCGACAAGCCCGGCUCGGCCCCGGCGGGACCCCAGGGACAGAGCGCGACCCGGGGCCCUGACGGACCCCGCCGUCUUGAGCAGGAUGAAGUUAAAAGAAGUGGACCGAACUGCCACACAGGCAUGGAGCCCUGCCCAGUGUCAUCCCAUUUACCUGGCUACAGGAACAUCUGCUCAGCAAUUGGAUGCAACAUUUAGUACCAAUGCUUCUCUGGAGAUAUUUGAAUUAGACCUGUCUGAUCCAUCAUUGGAUAUGAAAUCUUGUGCUACUUUCUCUUCUUCCCAUAGGUACCACAAAUUGAUUUGGGGACCUCAUAAGAUGGAUUCCAAAGGAAAUCUUUCUGGAGUCUUAAUUGCAGGGGGUGAAAACGGGCAUGUUAUUCUGUAUGAUCCUUCCAGAAUUAUUGCUGGAGACAGUGAUGUUGUGAUUGCCCAGAAUGACAAACAUACAGGGCCUGUGAGAGCCUUGGAUGUGAAUGUUUUCCAGACUAAUUUGGUAGCCUCUGGGGCUAAUGAGUCUGAAAUCUACAUUUGGGAUUUAAAUAAUUUUGCAACUCCCAUGACACCUGGAGCCAAGACACAGCCCCCAGAAGAUAUCAGCUGCAUUGCCUGGAACAGACAAGUCCAACAUAUUCUAGCUUCAGCCAGUCCCAGUGGCCGGGCUACUGUUUGGGACCUUAGAAAAAAUGAACCUAUAAUCAAAGUCAGCGAUCAUAGCAACAGGAUGCACUGUUCGGGAUUGGCUUGGCAUCCUGAUAUUGCUACCCAAAUGGUUCUUGCUUCUGAAGAUGACAGGUUACCUGUGAUUCAGAUGUGGGAUCUUCGGUUUGCUUCUUCCCCACUCCGUGUUUUGGAAAACCAUGCAAGAGGAAUUUUGGCCAUUGCCUGGAGUAUGGCAGAUCCUGAGUUAUUGCUGAGCUGUGGAAAAGAUGCCAAAAUUCUCUGUUGCAACCCCAACACAGGAGAGGUGCUGUAUGAACUUCCCACGAACACACAGUGGUGUUUCGAUAUCCAGUGGUGUCCCCGAAACCCAGCUAUCCUCUCUGCCGCUUCCUUUGAUGGACGUAUUAGUGUUUACUCGAUCAUGGGAGGGAGCACAGAUGGCCUGCGACAGAAACAGGUAGACAAGCUCUCGUCAUCAUUUGGGAACCUUGAUCCCUUUGGCACAGGACAACCUCUUCCUCCUCUGCAAAUUCCACAGCAGACUCCUCCACAGGGUGUCGUACUGCCAUUAAAGAAGCCACCGAAGUGGAUCCGACGGCCUGUGGGGGCUUCGUUUUCGUUUGGAGGCAAGCUAGUGACUUUUGAGAGCAUGAAGCCGCAGCCAGGAGCAGAGCAGCAGCUCCAGCGCCACCAGGUGCACAUCAGCCAGGUGGUCACAGAAAAGGAAUUCCUCCUGCGCUCUGAUUACCUUCAGCAAGUUGUGCAGUCACAAGGCUUUGUCAGCUACUGCCAGAAAAAAAUUGAUGCUUCACAGACUGACUUUGAGAAAAAUGUGUGGUCUUUUUUGAAGGUAAAUUUUGAAGAUGAUUCUCGUGGAAAAUACCUUGAACUUUUGGGAUACAGGAAAGAAGACCUGGGGAAAAAGAUUGCUUUAGCUCUGAAGAAAGGUGAAGGCCCUGAACUGGUUCUCAAAGAUUCUGACCAGUUGGCACCAAGUGAUGGUCAAGAGAGCCAUGCUGCUGAAGAGAACUUUUUUGGAGAGAUCACCAAAGAGGAAAAUCAAGAGACUGAAAUUUCUCUGUCAAGUGGAGGAACAUUUAAUAUUUCUGUCAGUGGAGAUAUUGAUGGCUUAAUUACGCAGGCUUUGCUGACUGGUAAUUUUGAAAGUGCAGUUGACCUUUGUUUACAUGAUAACCGCAUGGCAGAUGCCAUCAUAUUGGCCAUAGCAGGUGGACAAGAGCUCUUGGCUCGAACUCAGAAAAAAUACUUCGCAAAAACUCAAAGCAAAAUUACCAGGUUGAUUACAGCAGUGGUGAUGAAAAAUUGGAAAGAGAUUGUUCAGUCCUGCGACCUUAAGAACUGGAGAGAAGCUUUAGCUGCUGUGUUGACUUACGCUAGGCCAGAUGAAUUUUCAGCUCUUUGUGAUCUGUUGGGCACCAGGCUUGAGAAUGAAGGUGAUGCUCUUUUGCAGACCCAGGCAUGUCUUUGCUAUAUUUGUGCUGGGAAUAUAGAGAAACUGGUUGCGUGUUGGACUAAAGCUCAGGAUGGAAGCAACCCUUUGUCACUUCAGGAUCUGAUUGAGAAGGUUGUCAUCCUCCGAAAGGCUGUCCAACUCACCCAGGCAUCAGAUGCUAAUGUCAUUGGGGCACUUUUGGCCGAAAAGAUGAGUCAGUAUGCCAAUUUGUUGGCAGCCCAAGGCAGCAUUGCUGCAGCUCUGGCUUUCCUCCCUGCUAACACCAGCCAGCCAAAUAUUGUGCAGCUUCGUGACAGAUUGCGCAGAGCACAAGGCGAGCCUGUGUCAGAGCAGGAAGUUUCCUCUCGGGCUCUCUAUGACAGACAACAUGUGUCCAAGGGAGGACCUGGGCCAGCUACAGGCCAGACACAGGUGCCACGAGCUCCAGCCCAGCAAUAUUAUCCUCAUGUUAGAAUUGCCCCUACUGUCACUACCUGGAGUAACAAAACUCCUACUGCCCUUCUCAGCCAUCCACCUGCAGCCUCUCCCUCUGACACACAGGGAGAAAAUCCUCCACCUCCAGGUUUCAUUAUGCCAGGACCUAGUAAUCCUAAUAUGGCAAUUUCGCAACCUACUUCUCCUGGCCACAUGUAUGCACAGGUAUCGUCUUAUCCACAGCCACAGAAGUAUCAACAAACUCAACAGUAUACAUUUGGAACAGGGGGACCAGCAAUGUAUCAGCCACAGCAACCUGUCCCCCUUCCUGCUUCAAAUGCUUACCCUAAUCCUCCUUACAUGCCCUCUGCAUCUUCCCAUUCUGGGCAGUCUCCGAUCUUUGCAGCCCAGCACCAGGCCUCUCCAAACACUCCCAACUCUAUGUCUGCUUUCCCUCCUCCCCCUUCUGGAGCGUCCUUCCAGCAUGGCGGGCCAGGCGCUCCACCGUCCUCCACUGCUUAUGUCCUGCCUCCUGGAUCCACAGGUACACUGCCUGCUACCAGCGAGCUGCCUGCGUCCCAAAGAACAGAAAAUCAGUCUACUCACGACCAGGCAUCUAUGUUGGAAGGACCUCAGAAUGGUUGGAAUGACCCGCCAGCUUUGAACCGAGUUCCCAAGAAGAAGAAGAUUCCUGAAAACUUCACACCACCUGUACCCAUCACCUCGCCAAUCAUGAACCCUCUGGGUGAUCCGCAGUCACAGAUGCAACAGCAGCAACAGUCUUCUGUUCCAGCACCUCUCUCAGGCCAGGUUCCAUUCCAGCAACCACAUCUCUCAGGGAACCAGCCCAUCCUGCAGAAUCCCUUUCAUGGCAUGCAGCAACCGUUGCAGUCUACCAUCCCACCAGCUUUCUCAAAGCCUAGUACAGAGGGUGCCCCAGGAGCUCCAAUAGGAAAUACCAUCCAGCAUGUGCAGUCCUUGCCAACAGAGAAGAUUACCAAGAAGCCCAUUCCAGAUGAGCACCUCAUUCUCAAGACCACGUUUGAGGAGCUUAUUCAGCGAUGUCUUGCCUCUGCCACAGACCCGCAAACAAAGAGAAAGUUAGAUGAUGCCAACAAACGCCUGGAAUUUCUAUAUGAUAAACUUAGAGAACAAACACUUUCUCCAACGAUCCUCAGUGGUUUGCAUAACAUUGCGAGGAGCAUUGAAACUCGGAACUACCUGGAAGGACUGAACAUUCACACGCAUGUUGUAAGCAAUAGCAACUUCAGCGAGACCUCAGCCUUCAUGCCAGUGCUCAAAGUGGUUCUCACCCAGGCUAAUAAAUUGGGUGUCUGAGUGAAAACCUUGUCGCAGCCAUUGCAGGCCACUCAUUUCAGGAAAUCCUUACUCCCCCAAAAAGGUGUAAGCUGCAGACCAGGCACCAGUCCUCACUAGCAUGCUUCCAUGGCCAUCUAAUCGAGAGCCUUUAUGCUAUUUUUGCUGAUAAACUCAAUUUAGAGUGGCUUCAGGACACUCUGUGCUUUACUUUAAUCUCUUAUUGCCCAUAAUGAUUCUUCUCUGCAGAUAGUAGAUUUCAUGGGUUAUGCAUAAUAUGAUCUACUAAAGUAAAUAUUGUACUAAUAAAAUGGUUUUUAAUAUUUUGAUGUGCUUUUUUAAAAAGAGCAUUCAGUUAUGCAUUAAGCAGAGGUAAACCAAUUUUACUCCAUAUUUCUUUACUUCCUUGGUAUCAGCCAGACUUAAAACAUAAAAUCUUAUCUAAUGAAUUUAGUUUUUCUAUUGUACCCCAAAAUUUAGUUUAAUCUCACUUUUGAAGAGAAAAGAAAAUAUUAUUUUGGAUCAGAACAAAUAACCAAAAUCCAGAAGAUAAUACAUGGGUUUCAGGACAUAGUAAUUCAUUAAAAUAUACUUAUGCUAAUACUUCAAAGAUCUAUAGUUUCAUCUGUGUCAGUGCUCUGUUCACUGGUGUAGAGCACAACCCCUUCAUGCCUUGAUAAAGAGCUUAUUCUUAUGGAUAAAACAAAACCAUCCCUCAGUGGUCAGCCCUCUCAUGGUAAGUCUCUUUAAACUUGACUAGGGUAGGCCUGAAUGACUGACAGACUUUAAAACAAGCUUUUAGGAAAACAGAGGUUUCUGGAGAGCUGCUGAAAUGUAUCUCUGGACUUUGGUCCCAAAAUAAGUGUUGGUAAUAAAUUUUGUUCAGAUUUUUAGUUGAGGUUUUGUUUCAUGUCUAUUAUAUUUUAUUUUCAUUUUCCCUGAUUUGAGUUCAAUUAGCUUGGAAAAUCAGUGUGCUGAUUUGAGUGUGCUGACCUAGCUUCCCUAAUUUAGAAGGACCUGCAGUAAAACAAACGGCCUUGUCACCACAGCUCUCCCCAGUGAAUGACUGAUCUUGUCCUUCCCCUCCUCCCCUCAGGCUGAGCCCCACGGACAGAUUGGCCCUUGAGUCCUUUCAUGAUGGUGGUAUUCCAGCUCUCCCAUCAUCCACACCCAUCACUCUCCCAAGGUUGGUGGGGCCAAGAGACUGGAGUUAGGCCAGAUCAUGGCACCUAACGGUCAGAUGGUGCACUGGGCAGACCUCUGGAUCUAGAAUAGCGGUGGGAUCCUGGGAGAAGGCACUUGCCUCUGUAGUUUUCUCAUCUGUAAGGGGGGGGAUAAUGCUAAAUAAAGCCUACCUACCUCACAGGGUUGUUGUGAGGACCAAAUGAAUUCAUAUUUGUGAAACACUCCACAAACUUUAAAGCACUAUGUAAGUGCUACUGAGUAUUAUCAUUUUACUGCUUGUGUGGCCUAGGGCAAGUAGCUGAAAUUCUGAGAUUUCAUUUUCCUCAUUUGUAAAAUGAGAGUUUGACUAUCUUGGAUAGCUGCAAGUCUCUUUUACUUCCAGAUCUAAAAUCCUAAAUGUAAUGAUGUACUGGUUUAGAUUAAAAAGUCUUAGUGCUGUUUUAAGCUUAAAUGGUUUAAUGGUUUAAAACUAAACUAAGAUUUUUGGGACACAAAAGCACACACAGUCUAAUGUCACAUCUUCUACUGGUAAAUUCUACCCGAAACUUAAAAUUGUCUUUUCAUUUGGAAAAACUCAUAUUUUUUAAAAAAUCAAAUCUACUUUGUAAAAAUGUCCAGUAGAGUUCUAGACCUACCUGUGUACACCCAGUGGUGUACAUUGGUUGAAUAGAUGAGUUUUUACCAACUGUGGAAAAUUAUCCUACUUUCAAAAAUGCUUUUUUUGGGGAGAAGUGGGGGAAGCAGGUUAUUCAAUCUCUUUAUUUUUAUUGCUCAUGGCCCUUCAAAUGAAUGUAGAAAAAGGUGGGUUAAUUGCUGAAACAUCCAUUUUAAGUUAGGGAGAUAAUUGGAGUACAGUAUUUAUGGAAAGAGUUUUUUUUCCUAAGGAGGAAAAAAGACCUCAAAGGGUAAAUUUAUAUUGUUUUCUAAAACAAAAGAUAAAAAUUUAGCUCUACUAUGUAAAUGAUUAAUAUGUUAAUGAUAAACAUCCUUUUAAACUUUUGAUGAUAGCUUGUGUCUGUGCUUAUUCAGUACACUUUGGAUAAAGUUAUCAAAUUGUAUUGGGAUUGGGGAUUUCCAUUUGAUUCAUUACCAUUCUUAUUUACUUAGAGGAGCUAAAAGCCCUUGUGUAUAAAACUGACUCAUCUUUCCAAUUAGAUUGAGAAAGCCAUGAGUUUUUUUUGUCCCUACUACUAUAGUCAGUGUCUGGGGUUGGUUUUGGUAAGGACUAAUCUUGGCCAAUA